AGCACGUAGCACCUAGGCUUACGAAGAUGAGGGUAGCUGAGUUCAUUGGGCUCCAGUUCUUUGAGUCUAUGUACCUGUUUGUCCUGUUCUGUAUCCCUAUAGUGGUAGCUCAGAAGUACAUUGGAACCAUUGUGCUGACAAUACUUAUUUUGCUGGCUGUCUUAACAUUACUGAGAAAGUUGUUGUACAAGCCUAUUGAAAUUAAAGGACAGGGUGUGCUCAUCACUGGUUGUGACACAGGAUUUGGUAAUGCCAUUGCCAAUAGAUUUGAUGCCAUGGGAUUCACAGUUUUUGCUGGCUGUUUGAAUCCGGAGUGUGAGGGAGCCAAACACCUCAAGGAAAGUACCACAGGGCAAAUGCAUAUUCUGAAGAUGGAUAUCACAAAUGAUGCUGAUGUCAAUUCAGCUCUGGAGUAUGUGACUAAAACAGACAGGGCUACUGGAUGUGGGUUGUGGGCAUUAGUCAACAAUGCAGGAGUCAAUUUCCUUGGAGAUAUUGACUUUUGUACCAUGGAUAUGUACCACAGAAUUAUGAAUGUUAAUUUAUUUGGAAUGGUCAGGACCACAAAAGCCUUCCUACCACUUCUGAGGAAGAGCAAAGGUCGAGUGGUGAAUGUAACCAGUGUUAGAGGGCGCUGUGUGUUUCCUGUGGCUUCAGCAUACACCAUGGCUAAGUAUGCAGGAGAAGCUUUCUCUGAUGGUCUGAGGAUUGAGAUGAGAAAGUUUGGGCUGAAAGUGGUGAUUGUGGAGCCAGGAAACUUUGGAGGGGCAACCGGAAUGUUGAAUGAAAAAUCAUUAGCUAUAAUGAAGAGAGAUUUUAACACCAUGUGGACUGAGGCUGGAGAGGAGGUGAGAGAAACCUAUGGUAAGGAAUACUUGGACUGUUUGUUUGAGGGAGCCAAGGGGACCUCAAGUACAUCUUACCCUACCCUGGCCCCUGUCUUAGAUGCCUUGGAGGAUGCUGUCAUCAACCAGAGCCCAAGAAUUCGCUACUUGGUGGAUGGAGGAAAUGGCUUAUUUGAUGUAUUCUGUAUGUUGGCCCGGCUGAAUUCCUUUUUACCGGAGGUUGUGAUGGACUGGAUGGUGUCCAGGCUGUUAUCUCGGGAACUUCCUCCCCUGAAAUCUAAACAGCAAUAGAAACAGAAUAUCCAGAAAAUAGCUGGAUAAACUUAGACUAAACAGACAUUUCUAUCAUGUCAAACACUGGAAUUUAAAAAGAAAAUGUCAUUUUCUGAUCAGUUAAAUAUAGACAUGAAUCAGGUCUCUUACGGCAAUCAGUCUUUUGUUCACCAGAUGUGAACUUUAAUUAAAAUGUGCAGCAGUAGGGUACUUCAUCAUACAUGACAUACAUAAAUUAAAUCUUUGUCUUUAAAAGUUUACUUACUUAAAUUUAAUUUUUGUCGUUAAAAAUUGGGUGAGGAUUGGAAUUUUGUUUUAACAUUUGGUAAGGACCCUCUUUCUGUAAUUUUUUUUUUAAGUAGUACUUUCAUCUUUCUUACUUUAUAUGUGAACUGGGAAAUAAGGUAUUGGAAAAGUGCUGCAAUAUGCAUGCAUGUCAACUAUUUUUAUAUUCACAGCAUUUUAAGGUUGUGUGCAAUAUAUUUAUAUCAAUUUCAUUUUUCACUCAUUGCACUAUCUAAUUAAGCUUUAUUGUGCUGAAUUUACCCCAUUUCUGUGAUAAACCUUUCUUUUUUUGGUUGAUUACCGAGUCUUGUAACAUGUUGGUUUAACAUGCAAGCAUCAAUGACGUAAGACACCACCUCUCAGCUUCCUUUAGUAGUAUAUUUAAUAAUCACAAAAUACAUAUAGGAAUAUUUUAGGAAAGAUUAAUACUGGAAGUGUUCCAACUGAAUAAUCAAAAACUUUACAGUUUGAAGAUUUAUGUCCAUCAUGUCAAAUCUUAUUAUUUUUUUUAAACAAGAUUUUUUGUUUGAUUCAAGUUUAACAGUAUUUUAUACAGCAUGUGUAUAUUGUUGAUUGCCUGAAUUAAAGUAUAUGAUGCAAGAAACA